AUGAAUCUCGAAGUAAUCGAGAACUUAUUCGCCCUUCGUGGUAACGCCCGUUGGUGGUAUACCGUAUUUUAUCUUCUUCUGCUGGCCAACUACGGAUUUAUGUCUGCAAUAAAUUCAGACUAUAGUUGGAGACACCGUAGAUCGCAUAUUCACGGCUCGUCGGAAGACAAAACGAAUUCAAUAAUCGGCGUCGGAAAGACGAAUCAUGCAUUCCUGACUCCCAAUGGGACCAGAGUCCAGGCGCAGAGCGGAGGAUCGGCCACUCUGCCCUGCACACUGAAAAGAUCUAGCCAGGGGACGGUGACGUGGAUUCGCCGAAGCGACUUCCAUCUUCUGACCGUGGGAAAUGCAAUAUAUUCGAGUGACGAGCGUUUUCACAUCGAACAUGUCCGUCAUCUGGGACAUUGGCCUCUGAAAAUAAAAUCUGUGAAACUGGAAGAUGCCGGCACGUAUGAAUGCCAGAUUUCGACUCAUCCUCCGGCGAGCAUAUUUGUCCAUUUGGAAGUCGUCGAGGCGUUUGCAGAAAUUCAAGGAUCUCCUGAUCUCCAUAUCAGAACAGGAUCAACAUUGAGGCUGGUUUGUUCUAUAAAAGGCGCUAUUGAAAGACCUUCAUAUGUAUUUUGGUAUCAUUCAGGAAGAAUGGUCAACUAUGACAUUGAUCUAGGCUUUGUGGUAAGGGAUGAAAAAGAUGUUAGCCUUUUAACAGUUCCAGAAGCCAAUAAAUCUAUACAUGAUGGAAACUAUACUUGUGCACCUUCCAAUGCAAAACCAGCAACAAUUUCUGUUCACAUCCUGAAUGGUGAAAUGCCAGCUGCAAUGCAACAUGCGAAUACGAGUUCAGGGAGUUCUAGAAAUUUAUCAUCCAAUAAAAUAACUAUUUCUAUGUUAUUUCACAAAUUAUCCGUCUUGAUUUACCACAAAAUACAACCAAGAAUAUCUGAUUCUGGGCCACAAGUGCGACUUAUUUAA